AUGUUUGGCUCUUCAGGGAAGUGUAACUGGAUAGAGUUGGUGUCAUUUGAGGAUGUGGCUGUGAACUUCUCCUGGGAGGAGUGGCAGGACCUGGACGAUGCUCAGCGUACCCUGUACAGGGUUGUGAUGCUGGAGACAUACAGUAGCCUGGUGUCACUGGGGCACUGCAUUACCAAACCUGAGGUGAUUGUCAAGUUGGAGCAAGGAGCAGAGCCGUGGACUGUAGAGGAAGCCCCAGCCCAGAGCCUCCCAGAUGUCCAGACUGCAGAUGAACUGAUUGAGACCCACCAGGAGCAUCAGAGCAGACAUGUGUGGCAAGUUGGAUUUGCCAACGACAAAAUGUCAACUAAGGAGAGAACCAACUUGGGAAAACCAUUUAAUUUGACUGCAGUCUACCUUUCAAACCUGAUUAUAAAUAAUGGAAACUGUUCAGGAAUGAAGCCAGAGGAGUUUAAUGUGUGUCAGAACAUGUUUCUCCCUGGUGAGCCUGAUGAGAUGCAUGUUGGAGAGAAGCCUGAGGACCAUAAUACAACUGGGAAACCCCUCAGGUAUGGCGAGCAUUGUAGUUUUCAUCAGAAGGAUCAAAUUUUGCAGCCACCUUUUGAAUUUGGUGGGCAAGGGAAGGGCUUCAACAAGGAGGCAACCUUCUUUACACAUAGCAGUGCUCACAUGGGAGAGCCUGCCUAUAAAUAUGAUGAAUAUUGGAGAGCCUGUGACAAGUCAGCUCUCAUUGCCCAAGAGAGAACUCACAUAGGGGUGGAUCACUGUAGAUGUAAGGAAUGGGAGAACACCUUUUGUGUGAAAACAACACAGUCGAAUCUUCAUAGAGCUGAUUUCGAGGAGCAACACCAUAAACGUAAUCAAAGUGGGGAUAAUUUCAGCAAGAAAUUACACCUCACUCCACUUUCAAGAACUCAGUUAGGAGAGAAAACUUUUGAAUGUGAUGUAUGUGGCAAAACUUUCUACAAAAAGUCUAAUCUCAGUAAACAUCAGAAAAUACACACAGGAGAGAAACCCUAUAAAUGCAGUGAGUGUGAGAAAACCUUCCUCAGUAAAACAGUUCUUACAGUACAUCGGAGAACUCAUACAGGGGAGAAACCCUAUGCAUGUAUCAAAUGUGAGAAAUCUUUCUGCCAUAAGUCACACCUAACUGUUCAUCAGAGAACCCACACAGGAGAAAAACCAUAUGAAUGUUAUGAAUGUGGGAAAUCCUUCUCUGUGAAAACCAAACUCACUGUACAUCUGAGAACACACACAGGGGAGAAACCCUAUGAAUGUAAUGAGUGUAGGAAAUCCUUUUACCAGAAGUCAGCCCUCACUGUGCAUCAAAGGAUUCACAAUAGAGAGACACAUCAUGAAUGCAAUGAUUGUGGUAAAACCUUCCAUAAGAAGUCAGUUCUCAUUGCACAUCAGAGAACUCACACAGGAGAGAGACCUUAUGAAUGUAAAGAAUGUGGGAAAUCCUUUGGCCAUCGCCCAGCUCUUACCGUACAUCAGAGAAGUCACACAAGAGACAAACCUUAUAAAUGUAACGAAUGUGGGAAAUCUUUCUGUGUAAAGCCAAAGCUCACUGUGCAUCUGAGACUUCACACAGGUGAGAAACCCUAUGAAUGUAAGGAAUGUGGGAAGACUUUCUACCAGAAAUCAAAACUCACUGUACACCAGAGAACUCACACAGGUGAGAAACCUUAUAAAUGUAAUGAAUGUUGGAAGACCUUUUGUGAGAAGUCAACUCUCAAUAGACAUCAGAGAACUCACACAGGAGAGAAACGCUAUGGAUGUAAAGAAUGUAGGAAAGCUUUCUACCAGAAGUCAGCCCUGACUGUGCACCAGAGAACUCACACAGGAGAGAAACCCUAUGAGUGUAAUGAAUGUGGGAAAACCUUCUGUCAGAAAUCGCACCUCAACAAACAUCAGAGAACUCACACUGGGGAGAAGUCAUGUGGGGCAGAGACUGGCUAUAUGUAUACCCAAACUCACUUUCUCUUUGUGUUGGGCACACAGUUAGCCUGCAUGUCUCAGCCUCCCUUUACUAAACAGUGCUCUCCAGACUGGGGGCCUGUUUGGACCUCUCUCCAUCCCACCAUGUUACUGUCCUACCCGGAUGUGGGAGGCUUUCAAGAGAAGGAAUCUCUUUCUUCUUACAUCACUGUAUUUGGCUUAGGAUCACAGACUCUGAUGACCCUUGCUGCCCUUAACUGGAGUCCAGGCCUGAAUAAGGAAUUGAAACAAUCACAGUGUGGGUUUGCAGCACGGGCACCCUUCUGCCUGGAGACCCAGAACUGUGUGUUAAGUCCUAGAAAUGAGCAGAGCAGAGACUAUGAGGUUAGGGAAGCACUUAGUGAGUCUCGGAGUCCUGCUGCAGGACUCUGGCUGAGGCCAAGAGGAGAUGUGGCCAAGGCUUUACCAAGUCUCGGGGGUCAAGGGUCUUGGGCCAAACACUUCCGCCCCUGCACAAACUCAGCUGAGGCGAUUGUACUGAAAUAG